AUGGGUGAGACAAAGUGCAACCACCACCGAUUAGCGGAGAUAGUUUAUUGUGAGUCACUCUCCAAAAUAACUCUUUUAUGCGUGUGUUUGGGAGGGCGUGAAGCUCAGCUUACAGCUAGCGCUUAUGUCGAGCGGUUUAUACCUUCUAUUAUCCUUUGUUUGGUAACCAGUUCAUUUUCUCUCUCUCUUCAUGCGUUCAACAAUUUCGUCGGCUGGAGCUCUCUGUCCAUCACAGUGUCCAUCUCUUCAUCAAGGUGUGAUUUUCUUCUCUUCGUCACGCGUUCAGGAGUUUCUCUCUAUCAUAUACAGUGUCGAUCUCGCAUCACCAGCACACUUGACAAUAGGACCAUGUCAUCUAUUCGGGAUAAGAUUACAGAUAAACUUGUACGUAGGAGGCAGAGGUAGAGACAGUGAGUGCUUA